CUCAUUUCAUAUUACCGAAAUAAUUCACUGGCUACAGAGAUCUACUAGUAGCCUAGCGCUAGUGCCAGAAGAAUUGCGACUGAUACAUGAAACUCGUUCCUCAUUGGAACUCGAAUUGGAAUUCAAGCCAACAUCGGUCUCACCACCAACUCGAACAGCAACCAUAUUACCGUUCAUGAGUACGACGAGACAACGUCAACAAUGUCUCUUCGAAACAGAGUUAUUUCUCCUUCCUCAAAUGCUAUGAAGACUCGCUGGCAGUCAGUUUCGUUUGUAAGCCCUCAACCUCUGGUCACUUGCGUUGUCGGCAGAGAAGAUAUCAAGCAAAACUUUCUCAUUCACAAGAACGUCAUCGACGCCCACUCCCCAUUCCUCAAAGCCGCCUUUCAAAGCUCGAUGGCCGAGGGACAGAAACAAACAAUGCGACUCGAGGAUAUUGAGCCGGAAACCUUUGGACUACUAGUCAAUUGGAUGUACAACCAUGAGAUCGACAAACAACGUUGCUUCAAAUCCAUGGGCGAGGAUGCUAACAACCAUGCCAGCACUGAUGUGCAGGGCAGAGGCUCGCCGGAUUUGAUGCCCCUGAUUAAGCUGUGGAGCCUAGGUCAACGAAUGGUCAUGCCAGCCCUGGAGAACGCCGCCAUGGAAGUUAUCCACUCUCUCAUGGAUAAUAUAAGUGACAUCCACAUUAUCGAAAUCGCCAACCUCGCAUGUCAAGAAGAAGAGAUUUCAAUAUUCAAGGGCUUCAUUGUCGAGAAGCUUGCCUGGACCUGGGAUCGAGCAUAUCUCCAGAGACUUGCUGUGAAUCUGCCCACCGAGAUCAUCAUUGCUGUUGCACUAUAA